AUGUCUCACUUAGACACUCAGAUCUCUACGGCUGCCGUCAUCGGCUGGCAAAGUCUCGAGAACCAAAACUUCCUCGCCGAGCCCGAUCCCAAACAAAACAGUUUGACAUUUAAGGCACGAUUCGAGAAGCCUUUCUUCUUCUUUGAGAUCUGCAUUCCUGUAUAUCUAAAGCUAAUCGAAAGGCGCGCAUUGACGCACACUUUCCUUAUUUUGAACAUACAGCUAUCAACCAUCGAGACCUUUUCCCUUGAGGUCUUGUCGACAAUUCCUGAACCAGUGAAAAGGAAGCUCAACUCUCCUGUCCUUCGCCUUGAUUUCAAGCUGAGUGAUAAUAUUACUACCCUCAUUCCCCUCUAUGCCACGGAACAACCCAAGCAAGGCCGCACGCACUCUGGCGUCGUUCUCGACAGCGUUCUUAAAAUAUCACAAGCAACAUCUAUCUCCGUUUAUAUCAGCCACGAUGCUUCAUAUGAAGCUCAGCUAAAUUCUAUCCGGAAUUCCCUAAAUAAGGGUUAUUACCAAUCUAUUCCCAAGAGCCAACUUGAUCUGCAAAGACUAUAUCAAGGUCAAGGCACCAAAAUUGCUUUUCUGCAUACCCAGUCAGAAGAGGCAUAUGUCACUGAGCCUGACCAGUUACCAUCUUAUCCUAAUCUGCAAUCACCAAGUUUGGGCAGACCUAUGCAACUAAAGCGACCUCGGGUAGAGCACGAUGAGUGCAAAGACGACAUGAUCUCAUCAUUGGCUGAAGCCGUCAAAGCCAUGCAAGAAAAGGAGGAAAAGCUGGAUAAGGAGACUCGAUUGAGACAAGAGUUUGAGGAAAGGGUGGCAACGUUGGAAAAAGAAAAGGAAACAGCACGACUGGAAUCAAGACUAAAGACAGUCGAAACUGAAAUUGAAAGUCUGCAAAGCGAAUUCGACAAGUUCGAACCACCUGAUGGAAGGAUUUUCGAUAUCGAAGAGGAUCUACGAGACGUCGGAGAGAAAUACGAAAAUAUCAGCGAGGCGAUGAGAGAUUUAUUACAGCCCAUUAAUGUUUAUCUUUGCCUUCGUCUCUCUUGGGACAAGCUUAACGCAGGUUGCGCUAGUAUCUUAAGAUAA